GAAGACGCCUUCUGUGUGCUCCUCGAUCUUGACUUGAACUCUUCACUUGUCCGCCUGCAGCGUGCUCGGAAUGGAUUCUCCCACAUCCCGGGCAACGCGCCUCCACAAACGCGCGCUGUGCCCAGAACGUGCGGAAGGCCUUCGGGCGUGGGCUUGGCAGGGCGCGAAGCGCGAGCGCGACCUGCAGGCUGAGUUGAUCCGAACAGGAGCUGGGGCGGUCUGAUCUCGGUUGUCGGACCGGGUGCCCUUCAGAGAGGUGAAUUGGUCCUCGUGGCCUCUAGGUGUUAAAUACGUGCGACUCUGAGCCCCCGUUUCCUUAACGGGAAAUAAUUUUCCUCAUCACCUCAGCCAGAAGUGGUCUGCCCGUCCUUGGCCUCUCACAGCACUUUAUCCUUACCUUUCGAAGAAGACUUACCGGCUUCUGCUUAACAGAUUUUGCCAUAAAAGUGGCAGCUGUAAGGAGCCUUCUGGAGUUACCAAUAUAGAGAACACCACCACAAGAAGCAAGAAUGCCUGCUGAAGGAGGGAAGUCUGAUAUGGAUAGGAUUGGCCUCUUCAGUGAGAUGGAAUAUAUCACCAUUGGUGAUAAAUAUGUGUCACCAUUUAAUCGACCCUUUAAUGAGGCUGCAAGCAAAAAUAGACAGAUGCUACCUGGGGGAUCCAAAGAAAUGUCACAUCUCCAGCAGGGUUAUUUUGAUCCCCAUUUUGUAAGGAUUUUUGAAGGUGAAGGCUAUAUAAAUCUGAAUCAAGUGAGGCGUCGGCAUAUGAUGGAAGAAGCCAAAAAAAAUCUAGGCAAACCCUUCCUCCCUAGUAGUGGAGGGAAAAAGCCGUGUGGAUUUGGAAGCUACUAUGGAACAAUAGGUGGCCCAGUGCCGUUCUUCAGUGUGCAGUUAAAACCCCGAGAGAAAUAUCAGGCACCUGGAAAGAAUUUAUACACAAACCCAGGAAAGAAGGGAACUGGAUAUGGCUAUGCAAAUCUUACCAUAGGUAAACAGCCUUCACACUCUGCUGAUUUCUACGAUGAACCAAAACUAACUAAUAAGAAAGACAAUGAAGCACAUCGUCAUUUACUUAAAGGGUCACCUUUCAAGUUAAGUUCUUACCCAAAGGAGUAUUUUGACAACAAUCCUUACUUUUUUGAUAAACCUUUACCACCAAUUAAAAAAGCAGAGAAGCCAGGCUCACUUGCAACUCCUUUUAAGCCCUCUUCUCCUGGUAAAAAGGCUGGUGGAAUGAAGGCAGGAACAUUUGAUCCUUACCCUUCACAUUCUGCUGACCCUUAUGUGACUAAAUUGCCAAGACGUAUUUCUGGCAAAAUUGAUAAGAUUUUUCAUCCACCAGGUGGACCAAAAAGCCGACCAAUGACAAGUAUAAUGACUUUAAACGUCAAAAGGGCACUAAAUAUGAAGAACUACAAGACUGCUUCAGUACAGUCCUAUUAAAAACUGGAAGACAAAUAGCUCUCUAGACCCUGCCUGCCAGUAAUUCAUUAUCAAGUGCUGAUUAUUAAAAAAA